AUGGGCUCUGCAGCUUCUUCUUCCUCAAGUACCUUUACUUCUUUAUCGAAUUGCUCAAGUUUGUCCCAUCCUUCAUUGUGUAUAGGAGAGUCAAGGGUGAAAGAAGGAAAUUCUUUCUUUCAGGCAUCAAAUAUUCAUCCGAACGUUUUCAUGCAGAGAAACUUGGAUGAAUGCUGCAACUUGGAAGAUCAUCAGAGUCAUCAUCAUUCACCCUCAAAGAAUACAAUCGAAAAAAACAUCAGCUCGCAUCAUGCUCAUCAUCCAUUCUCCACUUCUGUCCUCUCUAUAUGUUUAGAACGAAGGACACACACGAAUCGACUGCAUCCCGAACAACAAGAAAUGAAACAUCUUCAUGUUCCCACACCUGUGAAAGAUCUAUACAACACCAAGUCCUUGUUUAAGGAUCAGAAACCUGCUCUUAUCCAAACAGAAUUAAGAAAAAACAAUUGUUCAACAAACAAGGAAUACUUUUGCAAGAUUAACUCUUUCAGAAAGUUAAAUUGUUCUAAUUCUCUUGAACAAGACUCGCAUUCAAAUUGUAAAACAUCCAAAAAGGGUCGUUCUCUUUCUGAAGGUUCUUGUCCUUCACCAAAAGAAGAAUUUCAUCCAAAUCCUCACAAAGAUCAUUGUGAAAAGAAAAGACAUGGUGGAAAACUAUCUUCAUCAACAUUGUCAUCUUCUGAUGUUCAAAUUGAAAUAACUGAACCGACUUUUGAACCAGCCAUUCUCUCUCCUUUUUCAAUCAAUGUGGAGGAGGAAAGAAAGGAAAAGAAGAGAAUUCUCAGAGACUCGAAGAAAAACUCAAUAUACGGAGAGCUGUAA